UUCAAAGGAAUGCCGAAAAACAAGACUCAAAGCUAAGGAGCCUAUCAUCAUCCCAAGGGAGAACCGAAGCAUUAAGAGUCAUGCCCUGGCCAUUGUUCACGUUGUGACUGGAGGAGAGUAUGGCAGUGCUACAUCGACUCAGGUCCAAGGGGAAGAAGAAGAAGUAUCACUCAAAGCGUGCAAGGCCAUCAAAUAGUCAAAUAGUCAAAUAGUCAAAUAGUCAAAUAGUCAAAUAGUCAAAUAGUCAAAUAGUCAAUUAAGACAUGACGAGACCUCCACCCUAUUUCCCCCGUUCUUAUUCACUAAAACCCACUUCGGCACUUCCUUGGUCCUUCCUAAUAAUACACGUGACACGCGCGCCACCUUCCUCCACACAUGCAAGCCCUUCACCCAAUCAUACCCAAGGUUCUACAAUGUACAUCACAGCCGGGGGAGACUAUCAGACCAAUAAGGAGUGUACCCGCAGAGCCGAAACAGAAGCUUCCACUCAAGGCAGAUUCUCAUUUUAAGCAAACUCCCUCUCUCCCUAUAAAAAGCUCCCACCUUUAACAAAACGAACCCAUCUCUCUCUCUAGAAACCACACCCUCACUUUCUCUCUCUACCAAUGGGAUUCCCAGGUUACACAGAGGUCCUCUUCCCCAACCUCUUCCUCCACACCCUCUCUCUUUUGGGUUUCAUCCGCAGCCUCAUUUUCUCGCUCUUUCAUUUCUUGGGUCUUUCCGAUUUCCUCGACACCGACGCGAGCGUGUGGCCUGAGACCCGGACACAUCUGCUGUCCGGGUGUCAGACGCCAGCGUCGGUGCUUCUGAUGCGGGAAUUCCUUCCCGUGAUCAGGUUCGAAGAGAUUGAAGGAGACACGCCGGAGAGCUGCGCCGUCUGCCUGUACGAGUUCGAGGGCAGCGAGGAGAUCAGGUGUUUGCCGAAUUGCAAGCACAUUUUUCACCGGGCGUGUGUGGACCGUUGGAUGGACCACGACCAGAAGACGUGUCCGCUUUGCCGGACGGCGUUCGUGCCUGAUGAGGCCAGCGAGGAGUUUAAUAAACGGCUCUGGGCCGCCGCCGUUGCCGAGUCGGAGCUGGAGAUGGAGUUCCACCGUGAUUUUUACGGCGAGUAGAGUUCAGUUUGAUGAGGCUGCUGAAGAUAUUUAGAAACAAUGUAUAUAUACAUGAGGAAAUUGGUGUCUAGCAACAAAAACAAGAGAAAUUUUUUGGAUUAUUUCUCUUUUGUUUUUGUAUAUUUUGAUAUUGAUAUUGAAAUAGAAAUACUACAGACUUUCACUCUUUGAUCCCGAUUUCAUUUUUUCAUCUGACAUGUUUGUUCUGGGUUUACAAUUUGGAUUCAGAAGGGUUGUUACUACUUUUUGUUUGGAAUUUUAAGCUA